AUGGUCAAGUGUGAGCAAGCAUUCAUCAAGAAGGAGCUGCAGAUGGUUUCGACGAUCAAGCAGAGGCCGCGGCGUCAGCAACAGAUCAUAAAGAAGGAGAUCAUUGAGUCGGAGCCUGAGGAGGACUCUGAUGCCGACUCCAAAGUCAUGUCAAAGAUCAAGCGCAAGGAAAAGCAACGGGACUACGAGAAGAACAGACAAAGUCGCAUAAAGACGGCAACCAUCAGGUGCUUAGAGCUCGACAGCCAGCUGAAGGAGAUGACUUUGGACAGGGACUUCGCUCUCCAUCAAAUCAACAUCCUUCGCCAAAACCUGAAAGCCGCUGAGUCUAAAAUAACGGCCUUGCAGCUGAUGCUGCCUCUGGUGGAGUUCGAAGGUGAGCUGCGGGAGUGA